AUGACUUUACUUGGAAAUGACAGGCCUGCUUCAUUGGAACAGAUAUUAGUGGAGGGUAAUUUCUGGUCAAUGAGAAUUAUAGAAAUGGGAAACAAGAUGUUUUCCACUACGUUUGGAGGUUUAACGAUGGAGGAAAGAUCUUCCGCCGAGCGGGUGUCAUUGCUCGGUAGACCGAAGGCCCGGUUGUUCGGAACUUGUUUAUAUGCAAGCUCAUUUUCAAAUUGUCGUAAGAUUCAGAGGGAGUGCAUAUCCGUACACGUGGGCCAAGCCGGGGUCCAGAUGGGCGUCGCGUGCUGGCAGCUAUACUGCUUGGAGCACGGGAUCCGACCUGACGGAACCCUGCCCGCCUGUGAAACUGAUCCUAAUACAGCGGAUUCCUGCUUCAAUACUUUCUUUUCUGAGGCUGAUCGAGGGAAGAUGGUGCCGAGGGUCGUGAUGGUUGAUUUAGAGGCUACCGUUAUAGACGAAGUUCGUUCCGGUGAAUACCGCCAACUGUAUCACCCUGAACAGUUGAUAACUGGUAAAGAAGACGCGGCCAAUAACUACGCGAGAGGGCACUAUUCGACCGGACGCGAGGUUCUCAGUCCGGUUAUGGAGCGAAUUAGGAAACUUGCCGAUCAAUGUACCGGACUACAGGGAUUCUUCGUGUUUCAUUCGUUUGGAGGUGGCACAGGAUCUGGAUUCACAUCGCUACUAAUGGAGAAGCUAUCUGACGAGUUUGGAAAGAAGAGUAAACUGGAGUUUGCCAUAUAUCCUGCGCCACAAGUGUCAACUGCGGUAGUGGAGCCAUACAACGCGGUGCUAACUACGCAUGCGACCAUCAGUCAUUCGGAUUGCGCCUUCAUGGUGGACAAUGAAGCUAUAUACGACAUUUGCAGGCGAAGGCUGUCUAUAGAGAGACCUUCUUAUGCAAAUUUGAAUAGGCUUAUCUCACAAGUAGUUUCGUCUAUAACGGCUUCACUACGAUUCGAUGGCGCGCUCAAUGUGGAUUUGACGGAAUUCCAAACGAAUCUCGUUCCCUACCCAAGGAUACAUUUUCCACUAGCCGCGUAUGCACCCGUUGUUUCUGCUGAUAAGGCGUACCACGAAGGUAUGUCUGUGUCGGAGAUCACUGCGGAACUGUUCGAGCCCCAGAAUCAGAUGGUGAAGUGCGAUCCUCGGGACGGAAAGUACAUGGCGUGCUGCCUGCUGUACAGGGGAGACGUGGUCCCGAAGGACGUGAACGCGGCCAUAGCUGCCAUGAAGGGCAGGGCCGGAAUACGGUUUGUGGAUUGGUGUCCUACCGGUUUUAAAGUUGGUAUAAACUACCAGCCGCCGUCUGUGGUGACGGGCGGGGAUCUGGCCCAAGUGAAGCGGGCCGCCUCUAUGCUCAGUAACACCACCGCUAUAGCGGAGGCCUGGGGCAAGCUUGACCACAAGUUCGACCUCAUGUAUUCCAAGCGAGCUUUUGUGCAUUGGUAUGUAGGCGAAGGGAUGGAGGAAGGCGAAUUCUCUGAAGCGAGAGAAGAUUUGGCAGCGCUGGAACGAGAUUACGAUGAAGUGGCUAUUGAGACGUCAGACAUGCAGCCCGGCGCCGAUGAUGAGUUAUGA